AGACUCCAUUGCGCUUCACUCCAGCAGCAGCUUCAGUCUCUGACGCGUCUCUGCACUUUAACGGAACUUCGUGAGCCUGGAUGUCCUCUCGUGUGUCCCGGGGCCGUUUGUGUAGUGUCUCUUUGUGUAGUGUCUCUUUCUGACGUGUCUCGUGGUGACGUGUUGCUCCUGGAUGAGUCCUGGUUCGUGUCCGCGCGCCGCUGAGCUGUGAACAGGUGUCCGGGCAGUGAUCAUGUCCAGAGAGAAAGGUGCAAAUGCUGCAGGAAAAUCCUCACCCAUGACCCUGAAGGAGUCCCUGGACGAGUGCAUGGAGGCUCUGGACCUCUUCCUCAACAACCACUUCAACGAGAGCCUGGAGAUGCUGCGGCCCAGAGUGAACGACAGCAUGUACCACGCUCUCAUCUACGCCACGGUGCUGGAGAUGCAGGCCAUGAUGACGUUCCAGCACGAUGACAUCACCAACGCCGGCCUCACCAUGAAGAGUGCCCAGGAGGUCUGUCAGAGGUUCCGACGGAAAUCCUCAAGUUUGACGAACAAGUCGGACGGAGACUCGCUGACGGAAGUGCAGCUUCACGCAGAAGUGUGUUACGCAGAGUGUCAACUCCAAAGAGCUGCUCUCACCUUCCUGCAGGAUGAGGACAUGGUGAGUUUCAUCAAAGGAGGGAUCAAAGUCCGAAACAGCUACUUGAUUUACAAAGAACUAAACGAAUCCAUUCAGUCCAACAACUGCCUCAAAGGACCCAGCCACCUGCACUUAGCGGGGGGGAUAUCGUUUGGAGUCGGGGCUUUCAACCUGACACUCUCCCUGUUCCCUCCACGGAUUCUCAGGCUCCUGAAGUUCGCCGGCUUCUCCGGAGACAAGGAGUAUGGUCUGUCCCUGCUGCAUGACGGAGCCACGGGGAUGAACCUGCGCUCCAUGCUGUGUGCUCUGCUCCUGCUCUGCUACUACACCUUCCUCACCUUCAUCCUAGGUAGGACGGGGGAAGGAGAAGUGGCUGAAGCUGAAGGGCUGCUGAAACCGUUUCUGCAUCUCUACCCUCAGGGAGCCAUAUUCCUCUUCUUUGCAGGAAGGACUGAAGAAAUCAAAGGGAACAUUGAUGAGGCGGUGGUGCUCUUCGAAGACGGCUGCAAGGCCCAGCAGACGUGGAAGCAGUUCCACCACAUGUGCUACUGGGAGCUGAUGUGGUGCUUCACCUACAAACGAGCGUGGAAGGUUGCGUACUUCUACGCCGACCUGCUGAGCAAGGAGAGCCGCUGGUCCAAGGCCAUGUAUGUGUACAUGAAGGCUGCGUACCUCAGCAUGCUGCCCAACGACGAGUCCAGGCCGUUCGGAGAAGACGAGGUGGAACUCUUCAGACAAGUUCCCUCCUUCAAGCAGAAGAUCGCGGGGAAGUCCCCCCCGACGGAGAAGUUUGCGAUUCGUAAAGCCAGACGCUACAAGUCGUCGCGUCCAGUCAGGCUACCGGUGCCAGUGCUGGAGAUGAUGUACAUCUGGAAUGGUUUCAGUAUGAUCAGCAAACGGCCGGAGCUGACGGAGGGCCUGCUGCAGACUUUGAUGGAGGCAGAGCGCAGCCUGCAGGAGUCUCCUGAAAACGAGUAUUCAGUGGACGACCGCUGUCUGAUCCACCUGCUGAAAGGUCUGUGUUGGAAGAACCAGGGUCAACUGAGUGCUGCUGAGGAGAGCUUCAAGAAAGUGUGUUCCAGUGAGAAGAAGAUCAGGUUCGACCACUACCUGGUGCCCAACUCUGUGGUGGAGCUCAGUCUGCUCUACAUAGACCAAGGCAGGAGGGACGAGGCCAUCAAGCUGCUGCACAAGGCAAAACAAAACUACAAAGACUACUCGAUGGAGUCUCGCACUCAGUUCAGGAUCCACGCCUCUCUGGCCAAACUCAAGGCGGAUCCGGGUGAAGACGCGGACACUCACCUCUGAGACGACCUCACAGGCUCCUCCCACACGAGCUCUUCCACCUCCCUCACUGCCGUCAGCCUCGUUUUUUCAAGAAGUGAAUACUGCAGUAUUUAACGUUUACCCACGUUUAUAAACUGAAUACUCGGGAGGAGCUGUUCGGUUCACUCUGACGUCAGAGAUCAACAUUUAAAAACCAGGGACCUUGAACUUCUCUGAUAAGUUAACGCUUGUAUUUUAUGGUCAAUGUUUUUUGUUUACACUAGAAAAUUUAAGAACUCUAAAAUCUUAAUCAACAAUUGAUUUGAUAGUCACUUUAAAUAUCAAAUGUUUUUCAUUUCAAGCCCUAAUAAAUUGUAUAAGUACGUUGUUUAGCAUGAGCUGCUUAUAAUUCUGUCACAUCGACAUACUGUUGAGAUGUUCAUGGUAUUUCUCACACAACUGUAAACUAAUUUAGAUAUUAGUUAAAAGAUUAAUAUUAUCAGCUGGUGUUCUGAAUCACAUCAGCAGCUGGAACAUCUGGAUCAGUGUCUGCACGUCCCAACAGCUUUCAAAUGUAUUAAGUCAUUUAAAUCAUAAAAUAACAGUCCAUGACUAUGUAUGAGAUAUGUGGAAGACUGAAGUAAUUUAAUAAAAUGUAUUAAAUAUUUUAAUGAA